UUGUUGUUUGUUUGUUUGUUUGUUUGAGGUCUUGUUUAGCUUAAGCAAUCUCAUGGAGUGGCAUAAGACUUGUUGUUGUCAUUUGCCUUAAGUAAUGGAUCAUUUGGACCUGCACACAUUUUAAACAUGUUUAUCAUAAUUUACUUUGGAAUGAGUAAUCUUCUAUCAUUUGAAUAUUUCAAGAGGUUCAACUUCUAGGGAAAACUCUGCUGAAUUCGUUUCAAAACUUGAUGGACACAUGGAGGGUUCUAGUGGGAAUAACAUGAAUAGCAUAUCGAGUAGGAAAAGAGGCAGAGGCAUAAUUAAGUUCACAAAACUGGAUGCACAUCAUGGUGCUACGGAGAGGAUGCAUGUGGAAUUUGAUGAUGGGAAGAAUCCACUUGGUGCAGAGGGGGAUAGAUUCAUUAGCUAUAUAGGCUUUAUAGCCCGAAGUAAAGUUGGCAUUUUGUUCCCUAAUUGGAAGUUAGUACCAGAAGCUACAAAGGACAUGGUUUGGAAAGAUAUUUUGCAAACUUACGAUGUCCCUCCCACUCGUGAGAUGAAGAAGCAUUGGUUGCAGCAAGUACGUGAGCGAUGGAAAGAUUUUAAGACAAUGCUCACCAGGGUAUACAUUCGAGGUGCUAAGAAGAAUGAGGAUCCAUGUUUAAAAUACUCAUUUCUUGAUCAAGAGACCUGGAGAAAGUUUGUGGAGUCACGUCAAGACCCUGAAUUUCAAAAAUUAAGUGCUGUAAAUAAAGAGAGGCAGUCUAAAAAUUUAUAUCAGCAUUACAUGUCUUGUGAGGGUUAUAAGAAAGUAGAGCAGAAUAUCAUGCAAGCUAAUUUGAAGACAAUGCAGGAAGUUGCAAAAUCAAAUCCCAGCAUCAUUAUUCAGGCCCCAACUCGUCACUCGUCACCAAAAAUGGAAGGAAGGGAGGAUAAAGAAAGGCCAAUAUAUAAAUUCAAAGGUUGUUGA